GCAUCGCCGGUAGAAUGGCUUGCCUGUUGCGCAGUCCUCAACACACUUCAUUUACAGAGAGAGACGAGUAGCGCUGCACAGCCCUCUUGUACCCUACCGAUCUUAGCUUUUGAGGGGCUAUUGGUAUAUCUAUACGUAUAUACGUAUAACUGUAUCAAGACAGAUCGAAAAUGGAAGGAGUGCACAGCUCUUCUCGACUGUGCGAUCGAUCAACAAGCAGGACGAGCUCAUCGGCACUCAACGAUGCGCGUCGCGGCAGCGUUCACUCACACAGCACUUCCUUGCUUCCCUACUCCACCGCCUCCGACGGCAGUGACUUCUUGUACAGUGAAUUGAGCACCCUCUCGCGAGCCGUCUUGCACACAUCUGAGGAUGAUGAGGCCGACCGUACCGCCCGCGAGAGCCGACCCGGCUGGCACCGUAGACGUUAUGUUGACUCCACCGAUGACGAUCGCUAUGAGCAGGACGAGAAAGACGGCGAAAGGCGCGACGACGAGGAGGGGGAGGGAGAGGCCUAUCGAGAGGCAAAGCGCCACCAGAAGGAGGCCUCGACCAAAGCGGCGUCGUUCCGUUCAUCCACUUUUCGCAGCGAGCACGGCUCGGGUUUCUUUACGACUGACCGCCGCAGUGGCUCCUUUGACUUGUACUCCCACCAGCGCGUUUCCCCCCGCAAAGGACCGGCCUUUUCCAUGCAAAGCGCCGUGGACAACACGUGCGACGCUGUCUCGCCCUCCGCCAACACCUCACGACCUCUUCGACUGGGGCAGCGUCGUUUUUCUGCGUCCCGAAGCAGCCAUUAUGAUGCGGACGAUUUUGGUGGUGGUGGUGGCCGCGGCGAAGGCGCCGGCGGUGCCCAAGUGGUGAGUACGGGUCCGUCGCAGAGAAGCAGACGCACUUCACAGCCUCUCAUGCUGCCCUCGAUGAUUGCGACCACUUCGGCGCGGGCGUCGAUCUUCUCGGGCGAGUUCUCCGAUCGCGCGUCGACGUCGUCCCCUAUGGCGGUGGUCACGUCUCCAUCAUCGUCCCGGCAGCGCCGCUCUGCACUUGCGAUGAGCGAUGGAAGUGAAUCGGGCGGGCAGCUGCGACCGCCGUCAAGGCGAGGCGGUGACGCGCCUGGUGCUGCCCCACGUGUGGACGAAGCGGACUGGCAGAAAGCAGGGCUCCCGUCUUCGUUGCCGGCCCCCAGUAGCGGAGACGAUGCCAGUUAUUCUCCUUCUCGCUCCGUGCAGGACCACGUGUGGCCCUAUACGCAACCUUUUGAGGUGCGCCUCGUUAUGACAGAGGUGCGGAAGCGCAUCGAGUGGAACGACACGACGCGGCAGUUUCUGCUGCUCAUUCCCCUCCUCUUCUUUGUAGGCUUCCUCGCCGCCUACAACACGAAGGCGAUUCAAGCGGACUUGUUGGUCACGGAGUCGCAGCGACAGCUCUUCACGCGCACUCCCUUUCCUUCAGCGGUGACUGCACUCGAGCAGUUCCGGCAACAGAAGAAUCUCGAUGUACCGGUGAGUGUGCGGACCGACAGUCUCUUUGUGGAGAUGCACACGCAGGCAGACUGGAUCGAUUUUUUUGCCGAUGUCGUGAUGCCGGGCAUUUUUCAAGGUGUCGCGAUGCUGCUGCAUCCCGAGACGAAACUCGAUGCCCGUGGCGAUGUCGGACCCAAUCAACAGAGCAGCGCGAACGACGGCGACGGCUGUUUUGCUGGGGAUCGGUUUUGGUUCGACAGGCCUGGGUGCGUUGACUCCCUCGCAAACGGGGACCGGGAAGACGACAAUGUGAAGUCGUUGCCGACCGCCGCGAAGGAACCACAAGCGUCAACAUGGCCCGCUGCGUCGCAUGCGGGCUUUAGCGAACCAAGCCUUGAUGCACCCUUUCCUUCCCACAGCAACGUGAACCCUGAUGACGACAGCCGCGGCGGCGGCAGCAACUCGGGCAUCGGAAGCGGAAGACGCCGCUUUGCGGAGAACUACCUCUACGACAAGACGGUACUGGUAGGGCCUGCACAGAGCAUCUACCUCGGUGCGAUGCGGGUGCGCACGAUACGCAUGAAGCCUCACACGGCGAAGCUGCAGCGCCGGCUGUACCCCCGCGAUUCGCAGCGCUUUCCAUCGGAUGCGUGGAGUCUCCAUCACAACCGCGAGGACGAGGAAACAACGCCUGUGCGAUGCCCCUCCAUCACUUUGACGCACCCACUCACGAACGCCUCCGCGCCUCUGUACAUCUACCGCGCCCCAGCGGCGAACGAUCCGUACUGCGUGCCCACAUUCAGGCGCUUCGGGACCUACCAUUGUGGUGGCUACACCUUUGAUGUGCCAUUUCGCUCGUCCACGUGGGUCGCCAUGCAGUACCGACAGGCCGUGCGCAACGUCUCGUGCUUCUUCGUGGACAACUGGGCGACGCGUCUCAUCGCCAUCGAGUUUUACACCUACACGCCAGACCACGACACCUUCCAUUCGGUAAAGCUGUAUACGGAGGUGCUGGCCGGUGGAAGCUACCACACCGACGCUGUCUAUCGCAGCUUCCGCGUGUGGACGCCGGCGCGGACGGGGGAGCUUGUGUACGUCUCCUUCACCUGCGCGUAUACCGUCUUUUACUUUGCGUGCUUGCUGAGCCGACUUCGGUGGCAGGUGCGACGGUUCGGGUGGGUUGCGGUGCUGCAGGACUGGAGCGCUUGGAUGGAUCUCAUCGUGGUGACGUCCGUUGUUCUCUCCGUUGCCUACUUCUACGCAUGGUCCCGCGUGUCAAGGAGAAUCUAUGCGAAUCUGGCCAUCCCAAUGGUGUCGAGUUCGUAUCCUUCGUAUUUGGACUCGGUGCAGCGCUUGCACGACCAGUUCAACACGACCAACGCCUUGAGCGUCAUCGUGUGCUUCGCGCGCCUUUUCUUCUGCCGCGCUCUCUUUCGCCCGUUCACGACCUUGGUGACGGCGUUGGACCUCAGCAUACCAGCGAUGUUGUCUAUUGCCGUUCUCUACAUGGUUAUGGUGAUUGGCUACGCGCUGGUCGGGCAUGCCGUGUUUGGGCCCAUCGGGGAGUGGUUCACCAACUUCGGCGAGGCCCUGUACGCGGUGCUGUCCUACUGGUACGCCGUCCCCCUCUUCGUCGCACCAGAGGAGGACGUGGCGAGGCAGUUCACGAGUUUCUUCUUUUGGUCGUUGACGGUUGGGGUGCUCAGCGUCACUGUGGCGCUUUACAUCGCCGUGGUAUCGCACUCCUUCGCCCGCGUUCGAGCCGUGUACGGCGUCACCUACGACGAGCCGUGGAGCCGGCGGCGUUUGGAGGCGUUUUGGGAGUGCUGCACAUGGCCUCGCAUAAAGCGCUUUCUUCGGAAGAUGGCGCUGCUGUAUCCCGAAAACGAAUACCUCUUCCGCGUGUUGCAAAGCAUGAAUGCGGCGUACCGCGCUGGCGAUGUGCGAGGCUGGGAGCGCCGCGGGGUUGUGUACGCUGAUGAAUCCCAUACACCGCUGCGGCACAGAAGUAGUAGUUGGGGUGGUAGUACAACUUUGUCUGGACGAAGGGAAACGAGCUCCAACUCCUUCUUGUCUGGCGCAGGGGAAGACGACGGCAGGCACGUCGCGGUGCCAAACUUCAUCUCGACAAGCUCUUCCAUGAGCCCGAUGAGCUUCAGUGACGACAACACAAAGCGACUGCGCACGUCGGAUGACAUCGUGGAGGGCCAGUCUGUUGGCCAGAGCGACGCGGCAUCCGUUGCGGUGUCGCACGUGGGCAGCAACGCAAAGCAAGCGACACGGUUUUCUGCACGCCUCCGCGCGGCAACAGAGCACGCGACCUCUUCCGCGGCAUCGACCGGUGCGGAGAACGCUGCACAUGCGCGACGUUUAGCGGCUCUUGCGUUUUCAGCAGAGGAGACGCAGUCCCCGCUGCCUUCUGCGUCGCCUUUUCACUUUCGACGCGCAGCUGCGUCCAACAGGAGUAAAUCGGCUCCACUGUCUCACCGCCGGAGCUCGCCUAACUUUCACAAUCCAGUGCGACGCACCUCAGACGCACUUCGUGAGGUAUACGAGGAGCUGCGCGACAUCAACGUUGCCCAGCGGCACAUCAACUUCUUUGACUGGUGCGACGUCAUCCAACCCGACGUCUUUGUCAGCUGCGGCGGUGAGUCCUUCUUCAAGGAGUGGUGGAAGCACAUGGCAGAGACGCAAGCGGACGUUUCGCGGACCCCGCAGCAGCAGGCGCGCCGCGAGCUUCGUGAGAUGGUGGCCUUCGCGACGGAGCGUGAGGUGACCGGAGGAGUGGUGGGCAUCGGUCACCUCGAACGCACGCUCUCGCGGCUCGAGUCACAUGUGGAUUCUCUUUUACAAAACGUCUCCCGGCGGUGA